AUUAGAGAGCUAUAAAUAGAUACGAUGUGUUUCUUAGGGUAACAUAGAAUACCGUUUCACCCCCAAAGAUUUCAGCUUAUGUUUCCUAAAAACAAGGUCAUUUAACGUCUCAACAAAUCUCUGAGAAAGAUCCUGCCUUAGCCCUCACAUGACAGAUACGGAAACAGGCUCGGAGGUGCAAUCUCUGGCUGUAUAGACAGAACAGGGAGUUGGAACUCGGCCUUAUGCCUUUCCUUCCUCACUCUCACAUACCAGCGGGCAGGGAGAGAUCCGGGGAGGAGUUGCACUUGCCGCCCCCCCCCCCCGGAAAUCUCCAAAAAUCUGCAAAAACGGAUUCCCCGGUACCGCUUUCCGCUCCUGUCCCAACAGAAAUUCCGAGACCGAAAGGGAUGUGCGUUGCGGCCCGGGGUGAGGGUCUGGACCGCUUUCUCCUCGGUGGACAAAUCGAGGAGCAGGACUCCCCCCACCCCAGCCCCAGCCCCGCCGCGUCCCCAGCUGUCACGCUGCGCGCAGCGGGCGGGGUCUGGGGUUCCUGGACAGGAGAGGGCCAUGCGUGUCCUUGGGCGGAGAGGGGAGGUGACUCCGGCGGAAGAGGACGAGGCAGAAUGCAGGCCCUGCGGGUCUCCCGGGCACUGAUCCGCUCCUUCAGCUCCACCGCCCGGAACCGCUUCCGGAACCGAGUGCCCGAGAAACAGAAGCUCUUCCAGGAGGACAAUGACAUCCCGUUGUACCUGAAGGGCGGCUUCGUUGACAACAUCCUAUACCGAGUGACAAUGGCGCUGUGUCUGGGAGGCUCUGCCUACAGCGUGUACUGCCUUGGCUGGGCCUCCUUCCCCAGGAAUUAAGACCAGGAAGCCUGGGGGGCCUGAGGGACUUGAACAAGUGUCAAUAAACGCUGGCCUCUGUG